AUGUCUUUCAGUUUUGCUACAACAAACAUUGAUUCACACGGUACUUAUCAUUCAUCAUCAUCUUUGAACAGUAUGCAUCACCAACAAUAUAUGUCGCCCUUAACCGGGUCCUCACCAUCUUCAACUGGUGGUUCGCCAACAACUGCUGUACAAGUUCAAGCAACUACGAAUAUGCCAUUGUUAACAUCGAUUGCGAAUGUUAAAGAUUCACGUUGGUUAACACUUGAAGUUUGUCGUGAAUAUCAACGUGGGAAAUGUACCCGGUCUGAACAAGAGUGUAAAUUUGCCCAUCCACCUUCACACGUUGAAGUCAAUAGUGGCAAAGUGAUCGCUUGCUUUGAUUCACUAAAGGGUAAAUGCAAUCGUACCAAUCCACCGUGUAAAUAUCUUCAUCCACCGCAACACUUACGUGACAUUCUAUUACAAAACGGACGCAAUAAUCUAAUUCUUCGUACUAUGAACAUCGCUGCAAAUCAAGCUAUUUAUCCACAAACACCAGCUCAUAUGUCCUAUCCUAACGGUGCUAUUCUUCAAAAUCCUCUACAACAGUCUACGUCCAUUGCAUCCUAUCCUCAUAUGAAUCCAUCGGGUCCCGCUCAAUCAACUUUAGUUUUCAACUCAGCAGGCCAAGCGUUUAGCAUUCCUUUGCAUGCAGCUCAUAUUCAACAAAUUCCCCAAACGACCGCGACUGCAGCUAUGUAUAGUCCAGAUGGUACACAAUAUUUUCAACCGGUCACACAAAUAGCUGCUCAACCAACUGGACCCAAGAUUACACGCACCGAUCGUCUAGAAGUGUGCACUGAUUUUCAGCAUGGACAGUGCUUGUAUACUGCAGAGACAUGUCUCCAUGCACAUCCCCAACCACAUUGUCCCCUUGAUGCCGACGGUCUCGUUACUGUUUGCGUCGAUUACGUUAAAGGCAAAUGUGCUCGUGAAACAUGCAAAUAUUUUCACCCACCUGGUCAUCUGGUGGCCCAACUGAAAGCAGUGAAAGCUCAAUCAGCUGCAGCUGCUGCACAAGUAUAUUCAGCAGCCGCAGCAGCAGCGCUACAGUACUCACCAUCUACUAUUCAAUUGCUUCAACCAGUGACGUUGAAUAGUAGUCAAUCGAUAUUGUCUGCACCACCGACUACGUACUUCUAUCCUCAACAAGCAUCAGUUGCAUCUGCUUCUUCCUCUUCUUCUUCGCCAUUGCAACAUCAAAAUUAUUCCGAAGAAGAUGGUACCUAUAAUAGCAACUAUGUUCAAUCUUAUCAACCGUAUUCAGGACAAAUUCAAACUAUCUAUACUCAGCCUACAUCGAUUGAUCUGAAAGAUCAGCCAUUGGUUACAUCACUGAAUCUAACUAAUGGCGACGGAUCAUCGUCAUCAUCAUCGACAACUGCAACAUCAACUGAUAAUUCGGCAGUGAUCGAUCCUGUCAGCAGCAGCAGCAUUAUUACACAGCAGCCGAAAAAACGACCGCUUGAAGACGAUACUGCUACUACCGGUGCCUACCUGAAGCUGCCUCCAGGAGCACAGUUAAUCGCUGCGCCACAGUAUGUUCAACAUCCGCAACAAACAACUGUACCCGCCCAACAUCAAAAGCGACCAGCAGUUGCUGAUCCGAAGACUGGCAUACCAAUGGCCGCUUACCCAGUAACAGCAUUCUCUUAUCCAUCACCGUCACCAUUACCAAUACAGUUUCAACAACCCUAUCUAACCGCUGUACCUAUGGCAUCUCAAAAUCAACUUAAAAUCCGACUCCAAGCUAAACGUACUGGUUUUUCUCCUCUAGUUACUCUUCUUUUCUGCAUUUGCUGGAUAUGCAUCCCAUCUGCCGAGACUUUAAAUCAAAUUGUUCUUCAAGUCUUCAAUGCAAAUAUGUAUAUUUAUGAGAACAAUUUGUAG